AUGAUUUCCAAUAACGGUAAUCCUUUUGCUUUCUGGUCGCUUGUGACAGGGUCGCCUGAGGCAUACAAAAAAGCCAUUGAAUUUUAUAAGUUGCUUGGAUUCAAAUUGGUCAAGAACUAUGUCCGAGACACCAAUGCGGCAGCAUCUACCCUUGAACUCGAAGGGAUUUCUUACGAAUCAGUCCGUGAAUCUUGGCUUGAAUCUUUCCCAAGUGCUUCAUCACUGGGUCAGGGAGUUGCGGUAAAAUUGAGAUUAUCGAAUUAUUCUACGGAAACCAUUGAUGAUUCUAAUGAUAUGACUCGCCAUGGAACAAGGCUUGUAUUUUAUUGUGAGGAUCUCGACACAAUCAGAUCAAGAUUGGAGGACAAUGGGUACGAGGUAACAAAUAAUCCUGAGGAAGAUACUGAAAAUGGUAUCAAUGAUUACAGUUUCAAGACCAGAGAUCCAAUAGGGACCUAUAUUCUAUUUUCGAAAUAUGCUUCUCCUUUACAAACCAUCGCUGACAAGAGUAGUGUUUCUUCUGAAUCAUUGACUAGUCCUAGCUCUGAGGGAUCGGUAGCUUCUUUGAUUACCAGUGGUAAAAAGAAGAUUGCGAUCAUGACGUCUGGUGGUGACUCAGCCGGGAUGAAUGCUGUGGUGCGUGCCGUAGUGCGUGCUGGGAUCCAUUACGAUUGUGAUGUGUUUGGUAUCUAUGAUGGGUACAAUGGGUUGGUCUCUGGUGGUAACAUGAUAAAAAAGAUGGACUGGUACGAUGUACGUGGAUGGUUGUCACUUGGUGGUACAUUGAUUGGUACCGCCCGUAAUAAAGAAUUUAGGGAGCGUAGUGGUCGUUUGAAAGCUGCUUAUAAUUUGGUGAGCAAUGGGAUUGAUUCUUUGGUGGUAUGUGGCGGUGAUGGGUCAUUAACUGGGGCUGAUCUUUUCAGAUCAGACUGGCCAUCACUUAUGGAAGAGUUGGUGAGUACUGGUAAACUCACCGAAAUGCAAGUUGCUCCAUACAAGAGAUUGUCUAUUGUUGGUUUGGUAGGAUCGAUCGAUAAUGAUAUGGCCAUGACUGAUAGAACUAUCGGAGCGUUUAGUGCCUUGGAAAGAAUCAUUGAAAUGGUGGAUUAUAUUGAUGCCACCGCUACUUCGCAUUCCAGAGCUUUUGUCAUUGAAGUCAUGGGUCGUCAUUGUGGUUGGUUGGCGCUUAUGGCGGGGAUUUCUACCGGGGCUGAUUAUAUUUUCAUUCCUGAAAGACCAGAUGAUGCCACCAAUUGGAAAGACAAAUUACUGAAAGUUUGUAUGAGACAUAGAGAAAAAGGACAUCGUAAGACCACGGUGAUUGUUGCCGAAGGGGCCAUUGAUAACGAAAAUAAGCCUAUUACUUCUGAAGAUGUCAAGAAAGUUCUUGUUGACUUGGGCUUGGAUACCAGAGUCACCCAAUUGGGACAUGUCCAAAGAGGUGGUACUGCUUGUGCUUAUGACCGUAUGUUGGGUACUUUGCAAGGUGUUGAAGCAGUGAAAGCGGUUUUGGAAGACGAUGGUAAGCUGCCAUCGCCUAUGAUUGGGAUAUUGGAAGGGAAAAUUGUCCGCAAGCCGUUAUUGGAAGCGGUGAAAUUGACAAAAUCCGUGGCCGCGGCAAUUGCUGCUAAAGACUUCGAUAAGGCCAUGAGUCUCCGUGAUUCCGAAUUUGCUGAAUGUUACAAUAAUUAUAUCGAAACCACCAUGUAUGAUGAUGGCUCCCAUAAGUUACCAGAAGAUCAAAGACUUAAUAUUGCGGUGGUGCAUGUAGGGGCGCCAACCUCUGCCCUUAAUGCCGCCACAAGAUCUAUGGCGCUUUAUAGUUUUGCUAAAGGACACAGACUUUUUGCAAUUCAAAAUGGGUUUGCUGGUUUGAUUCGUCAUGGAGCGGUUCGUGAGCUACAUUACAAUGAUGUUAAUAGCUGGUAUAAUUUGGGCGGAUCUGUCAUUGGUACCAACCGUUCUUUACCAUCUCAAGACAUGGGGACAAUUGCCUAUUAUUUCCAAAAAUACAACUUUGAUGGGUUAGUGCUUGUUGGUGGGUAUGAAGCAUUUACAUCAUUACAGGAAUUGCAAGAGGCUAGAAAACAAUACCCUAUCUUCAACAUUCCAAUGGUUGCUAUUCCAGCUACAGUUUCCAACAAUGUUCCGGGUACAGAAUAUUCGCUUGGGUCCGAUACUUGUAUGAAUGAACUUGUGAAAUAUUGUGAUGCUAUCAAACAAUCAGCUUCCGCUUCCAGAAAGCGUGUGUUUGUUAUUGAAGUGCAAGGUGGGUACUGUGGUUAUAUUGCCUCCUAUAUUUCAUUGAUCACUGGGGCGAUUGCCAGUUAUACUCCUGAAGAGAAAAUCUCCCUCAAGAAGAUUAGAGAAGACAUUUCUUUACUUGAGGAAUCUUUCAAGAAUGAUGGAGGUGAGAACCGCAGUGGGAAGAUUUUUAUCAGAAAUGAGAAGGCGUCUAAGAUUUUCACCACUGAAUUGAUUACCGAUAUCAUUGCCGAACAAUCCCACGGGAAAUUUGGAUCAAGAACCGCGAUUCCUGGACAUGUUCAGCAAGGUAAUUAUCCAUCGUCAUUGGAUCGUGUGAAUGCCAACAGAUUGGGGGUUAAAGCUUGUGAAUUCAUCGAGAAAUGGAAUAGCAAGAUCGAUUGGAAAUUGAAUGAUUCAUUCCAUGAUGAAUCUGAUCCAAAAUUGAGAUUCCGUUAUGUGAAUGGGGUGAAGUUUGAGACUGUUAAGGAUAGUUCUGAAUUGAGUGCUUGUGUGGUUUCCAUUCAAGGUAGUCAUAUUGGGUUUAGACUGGUAGUGGAAUUGAUGAGAUCUGGGGAAGUUGAUGAGAAGUUUAGAAAAUCGAAAAAGAUUUUCUGGAGCAACUAUACUGAGGCCAAUGAUAUGUUGAGUGGGAAAUUGUAUGUAAAGAAGAGCGCUUGA